UGUGAAAGGCUACCAGUUUCAAAUGAUGAGAGAAAUUCACAGUGUCCCAUCAUCUGUAAGUUAUUUUUCGAGCAGGUUCAUGGGCUACUCGUGUGGUCCUUAAGGGCUACCUGGUGCCCACGUUGGUGUCCCUUUAGUUCAAACUGUGUUGAUGUUCCCCCGAUGGUGCCAAAUGCACCAUUGUGUGUGCGUCAGAGUGUUGUGAAAGAGGAGCACCCUGCUCACACACUGCCUCACAGGCACAUGACCACAUAGUUCUUAAUGGGCGGGAUGCCGUCAGAUUCUCCUUCUGCCUCCACCCCGGAGGCUUUAUAAGCUGCGGGAAGCACAGCUCAACGCGAGAUAUUUGCUUACACUCACGGAAAUCACAUUGGUCGCUUUCAUCUUCAUCGAGCACGCAGCGGACAUAGUGAUGCAGACAUUGAGAUACCCAAUGGGUGGCAGAGCCACCAGGUUGUACAGCGCUUUGGCCCACACCAUCAGCAGCAGCGAUGCCAGCAGCCAUCGUGUUCCCCUCCCUCUGACCCACUUGGACCCUUACCAGCCAGCGGACGCAACCCUGGAUCCUGAUUUCUGCCAGGAGCAAAAUGGGUCCCCAUUGAGUCCCCUCAAUGCAGCCGAGGUUAUGAGGCAGUGCGAAGUGGCACUCGGUGAUGGAGCGCCACGCUUCCACAGGAAUUUCAUUCGACAUUCGAAUGGCAACGGCCACAGCAUCCGGGUGAUGCAGUGGAACAUUCUGGCCCAAGCUCUCGGCGAAGGACUUGACAGUUUUGUGCUGUGUCCUCCGGAGGCACUCAGCUGGUCCCGAAGGAAGUACCUCAUCUUAGACGAGAUCCUCACCUACCGACCUCACAUCCUGUGUCUGCAGGAGGUGGACCACUACUUUGACACCCUGCAGCCAGUUCUAGGCCGUCUGGGUUACAGCAGCAGGUUCUGCCCGAAGCCCUGGUCACCGUGUCUGGAUGUAGAGGGCAACAACGGCCCUGAUGGCUGUGCGCUCUUCUUUGAUGAGUCACGCUUCGAGUUUUUGGAUUGCGUCAGUUUACGGCUUUCUGCCAUGAUGAUUCCAACCAAUCAGGUUGCUUUGGUGAUGAUACUGCGUUGCCGAAGCUCAAGGAAGUGCGUGUGCGUAGCCGUGACCCACUUGAAGGCCCGCUCCGGCUGGGAGUGGCUCCGCAGUUCCCAGGGGUCGGACCUCCUGCGUCAAGUCCAAAAUGUGGUCAUAAAACAUGCGGCAAAAACAUCGGAAGACUCCGAUUUUCACAUCCCAUUGAUCAUAUGCGGGGAUUUCAACGCAGUCCCAACUGAGGAGGUGUACUGUCGCUUUAUGUCUUCUCCUCUUGGCUUGGACUCGGCUUACAAGAAACUCAGCCAUGAUUGUUUGACUGAGCCCCAGUACACAACGUGGAAAAUUCGCCCGACGGGUGAAUGCUGCACCACUCUGGAUUAUAUUUGGUAUAGUCAGCACAUGCUGAGAGUGGACGCCCUCUUGGACAUGCCGUCGGAGGAAGAGAUUGGCCCUAACAGGCUUCCGUCUUUCAGCUAUCCUUCAGACCACCUCUCUCUGGUUUGUGACUUCAGCUUUAAGGAGGACGAGUGACUGUGGACAUAUAACGUCAUCAUUGGCUUGUGAAACUGUGCAACAACAAUGAGGAAGAAAAGAAAACAUUACAAAUGAACUGAAACCUUGUCUACCUCCUGAACUUUGCAGUGCUUGAGGUUUCAGUUAGUGUUGCCUCGUAGGUGAACGAUUCGUUCAAAAGAAAAAAGCUUUUCAGUGAACGAGAGUGAACGAAUCACUUUCGUUCUUUUUUCAGUUCAUAUGACUUCAACCAGUAGGUGUCGGUAAUGCCCAUUGAAGCUGGUGCCACCUCACUGUAGAACAAAACGAAGAAGAAAAUGACGUAACUUCCCGUUCACCAACGAGUCGUGGAUUGCAUUUCCCGUUCACUAACUGAACGGAACUGUGAGUGAACGAGUCAGUGAGUGAUUUGCAUUUCCAGUUCAUCGCGAGAACGGAUCAGUGAGGGAACGAAUCCUGACUUUCCCAUUCGCGAACGAGUCAAUGUUUGAACUGCCUUCCCGUGCAUCAACGGAUCAGUCGGUGAACGUCUUGUGUGAACAAUUCAGCGAAUGAACGCGAGCCAGAAUGUAGAUAAAC